CCAUAAGGCCAGUUUCCAUCGACCAGCAAUCCGAACUACCAGUUUCAGGGCGUGUUGAGAGUCAACUAACUCCGCUCUUUAUGGAUGUCCCACCAAUUUUACGACUUCCAACAGAGAUUCUAACUUUCAUUUUUGAAAAUGUGGCCUCUGGCCACUACGACACCUGCAGGGUCCUGCAGAAGUUUGCGUUAAUCUGUCGUCGCCUCACGCAGAUCGUACUACCUCUGUUAUAUCGUGACGUGUUGGUCAGAGUGGCGGCCGGCAGCGCCCUAGAAGCUCUGUUGGCCGUGCUACAAAAGCGGCCACUAUACCGUGAAAAUGUUAGAGGACUUGUGAUUCAGAUGGACGAUCGCAUUGGCAUUCACAGACGAAACUUCUAUAUUACGUCCGAUAUUAUCACCUGUGUCACCAAUGUCAAAGCCUUGACCUUUGCUGGGGGCUGGGAGCGUUACCCAGACCAAACAUGGGGCCUGGUUCACCGGGCAUCUCGGAGCAUGCCAGCACUGGAGAUUUUGUCUCUAAGGCGUCAGGGUGAAGGCCUGACCGUGCAGGACAUACUUGAAAAUGUGCAGAUGCCCAGCUUGCGUCAACUGAAACUUGAUGGAAUUGCUUUUCAGACCCCGGGGCGCACUACGAGGGCAGAGAGACAGGGGAACAGGCCCUCCUGUCUACCGGAUAGUACGAAGGGCACUGCUCAGUUCUCCAGCCUCCACAUUCAGGACUACUAUGAUACGUCCGCGGCAUUCCAAGAGCUCAUUCUCUGGCCUAAGACCUUGAUCCAUUUCGACGCCUCGAUCUUGUGGAGUAGCGGUCUGGGAUACCAGGUUGAUCUCUCGAUGCUCAGUACAUGGCUCUUUGCCCACAAGGACACCCUACAAUUCAUUUAUAUCAGAUACAUUGAAUCCUUACCUUCAGGCAAGCUUUUUCAGACUAGGGGAUUUGUCGCCUUGGAGCGCCUAACGCUGCCCUGGUGGGAGAUCCGUAGUUGGCAGCAAAAGGAUGAAAGAGACCCGCCAUUCGUCUUCUUGCCCGCCCACGCGGACGCUCUUCUCUGCGCGCCCCGUCUCACGACCCUCAAUCUGGACUAUGGCCUGAGUGUCCACGGUGUGGAUUUCUGUGACACGUUUGGGGAGGUCGAGGCCCGCUGGAUCCUGGAGUUGGCCCGCGCGGCAUGGGCGAAAAAGGCUGCGCUCCGGACGAUCUACGUUGGGUACAGACCGGAGCCGCAUUGUCUCGACGAGGUUCUGGAGUAUCCGUGGGACCGUCUUACCCGACUCCGGGAGGAUCUCCAACCGCUAGGAAUCAGAUUGGAGUGGGAUGAGCCGUCGUUCUCGGAGGAGGAGUGGAUUCAGGCGCGCAUGCAGGCCUCCCCGCCGUGGGAGGCAAUGCGUGGGAGUGAAAGUCCCCCGCUGGAUGAUGGGAUGCUGUUUGGUUGCGAGCUGUCGAAGGAUGGUGAGCCCAGUCUGGAGGAACAGGAGGCCUGGGAGUACGCUCACAAGGCAAUCAGAUAGAAAAAUUAGCUACAUUUCAGAAACAG